UUUCUCGGGCCUUGUGCCACGUGCCUCUCAUUGCGAAGAUACGCGAUUAGCGAUAUAUUAGUAUUAUAUAUAUUGGCCGCUCUCAGUUUUCUCUCUGUAUAUAUUCAUACAAAAAUGGGAAUUAUGAAAGAAUGGUCUAGACGCAAGUUAAAAUGUGCAAGUCAGGCAGAAAUAUUGCGAUCUCAUCAACGAGAUGAUAAUUUUGUAAAAUAUCUAAAAAAGAAAAUGUAUGAGAAAAUACUGCAGAAUUAUGAAGUAAAUAGAACAUUGCUUUACUAUAUUCGAUCGGACAUUCCUUUCAAGUUAGUCUAUUUUACUUUCACAUCAGGUUUAGGCAAUCAAACACUGGGUGAAGAAUAUACUGGCAUAGUACAAACUAAUUUAGAGAAACAUAAGGUUCCAACGCUAAUGGUAAGAAUAUUUGGUGCAAUUUUGGAAUAUCUAGGAGAGGAAAUAUUACUUACAUUAGUGGAACAAUGCCAAGCACAUGUAAAUCAUUCACACAACAACUUAACAUCAACAGCAAUAACAUUUUUGAAUUUAUUCUUAUCUAAAUUGCAUAUAAUGACACCUAUAAUUAUAUUGUUUCACAAAGGAAUAUUUUAUAUAAAUGGUAGAUACUAUAGUUUGGGUAGAAGAAUCACUAGAUUAGAUUAUUCAAAGGUAUAUGGUUAUCAAUCAGUGAAUGCUAUUAGCUGGGGAUUUAGAUUAUUAGGAAUUGCUACCUUGAUACAGUGUCUAUUGAGAAUAUGGCAAACUAAUAUGAUACAAGACAAUACUAUCGCAAGUAUAUCUAAUGAGAAAAGUAAUAAUCAGAAUUGUCGAUUGUGUUUUGAAGCAACAGCAACAACUGCAACAAUAUGUGGACAUCUAUUUUGCUGGAAAUGUCUUAGUGAGUGGUUACGUGUUAAGCCACAAUGUCCAUUUUGUAGAGACUAUGUUUCUUUAUCAAGAAUUGUACAUAUGACAAAUUUAUGAUUUCUUGUAAAACUGAGAAAAGUGAUUAUUGUAAAACUGAGAAAAGUGAUUAUUUAUAUAAACAUAAGUAAAACAUAGAUUGAUAAUGGCUUUUGUAAGGCUUUAUCUACAAAAAAAACGAGUCAGUCUUGAAUAUACACCCAACAAGACAACAUCACAGUCGACUAGUUUCAAAUUUUAUGACUAUUAUCUAAACUACCACAGAUGUGAAUGAAUUAAUCGAUUAAGUAUCAAUUAAGUAUCAUUGAAGAAAACUAAAAUACAUAGGUGAAACGUUUGGGACAAUAAUUACCAAAGCUAUUUAUUUUGCACAACAUCCUGCAUUCCAGUUCAGUUACGCUUUAUCACCUCAUUCUAUUUGGAUUUUCCACACUGAACUAGAGGUCAUCAUUCUCUACAUUGUCUAUUUAUUUAAAAAAAACGAUCUUAAAGAUUAGAAACUUAAUAAUUAAUAUUACAGUUUAUGUUUAAGAAGCAUACCAGAUAACAUCUUGUUUUAUAAACUUACUAUUUCAAUCAUUAAGAAAACUACAUUUCUAGAGUUUUACUUUAAAUUUAGACAAAAUACGAAGUUCUGGAACAUUUUUGAGAGCAUUUUAUUUAUACAUUGUUUGAAUGAUAAUUUUAAACACGUUUUUUCUUGAAAAAUUAAUUAAUUUUUCAAGAAAAAACGCGUUUCCAAAUUAGGUAAAUAUAGGGGAAAAUGAUUUCGACCUUGACAUAUAUUGUCAAAGACACUCUCCUGAGUAACAAAAGAUUUUAACCGUUGCUCAUUGUUUAUUAAAAUGUUAUUAUUAGCAAAACAUGUUUAAAAAAAUAGUACGUAUUUUUAGUAAUAACAUGUAAAAUAACGAAAUAGAAUACACAUUUGUCUCCACUUAUCA